GUAGAUUAGUGCUGAUGCAUUGUGGGUAUGGACGCGAAAUUUGAAUGGCUCCGAAAGAAAACAAACAUUUCUCGAAAGAAAACCGCGGACUUCCAGAAUGAAUUUAUACGCACGGAGGAGUACCAGCCAACGGAGGAGUACCAGCCAAUGAAGUCCAAUGACCCAGAAGCCUUCUCCGAACAGGAGGUGCGCAAGAUGAAGAAACUUACCAAGCGCCGCACCCUCCUUUUCAUUCCCAGCUUCCGCAAGAAGAACAUCAAGUUGUUCCGAGAAGACAGCACUCCUCUAACUCCUGGCGAUGUUCCUAAAGACACUGACUCAGGCCGUGACAGCGAUUCGCUGAUCAGCGGUGAUUCCAAGGGAGACAAUCUAUCCAUUCGUAGCAGCCUGAGUUCUCUGGACAGUGGACUAGGCUCCACCACCACCUCAUCAUCCAGUCUCAUGUCUCGAGUAGUGUCGGACAUUCCAGACGUUAUCCGGGAGGAGUCCCGGGGUCGUGCCCCGAUAGCUUCCCCGGAGGAUGACUCACUGUUGGAGGAUCCAGGUGGCAAUGCAGACGAUAAUGCGGCUUCUGCUGAUGUGGAAAGUGAGAACUCCAGACAGGACAAUUCAGCGUCCUCCUUCCACACACUUAGUGAUUCCUGCAGUUGUGAUUCCUGUAAUGGUUCUUCCAGUGAUUCUGAGCUGGAAGAUCGUGUGCAAGCAAAUUAUUCCUCUGGUUCGGAUUCAGACUUGGAAUCAACAUCCAGGACAAUUACUCCAACAUCCCAACGCAGUACCUCCACAGACUCCGACAGUGAUCUUGAUGAGUGCUCUAGUUUCUUUACCCAGGACAAGUGCUUUCUUCCUGCUGCUUCUCUAAAGUCCAGGAAUCCAAUUGUAUAUACAAAUUCUGUAAAUAAGGGAAACCGCAUCAAGACCAAUGGGAGUGUCAUCAGGAAAACGCCUCAUCGCCAGCUUGUCACUCCUUUGCCGACCUAUGCCAGGAGCCAUGGCCAACCAAAUUCCACAGUUAAAGUGGGAUCAUCUAACUUUUCUUCAAACCGUGAUGGUGCUUUCAAAUCUUUCCACACCGGUAGUGAUUCCAUGGACUCUCUGAAUUCCAGUAGGAGUACUGCAUCAAAUGAUUCUCUUCCAAGGAACAGAAUCUCAUACUGCGAGCCAGAUGUCGUUCCAAAGCCUGUUCCCAAACUCCGCAGGAGUGAGAGUGAAAGACAGAGCAGGUCCAAACUUCGCAGUCCCAUCCUUCAAGUCCGAAACCGGAGUCUGAAUCGAGAAGUCCUGGAGAAUGCCGCAGCCCGUAUGAUUCCAGAUCUCCCUUCAGAUUCUUCUAAGUCACCGGCCGAUGUCCAGCUGUCCAUGCAGAACACAGCUUACUGGGUUAGCAACAAUCGGUACAACAGUGAUCCAGACGACUGUGCUCCUCUCCUGAAGGACAAGCCUGAAGUCAGUAAACAGGCACUGUGCCAGGAGAUCAUCGGGAUCUACUUUGGUGAGGAGGAUAGUGACAGUUCCCUCUCCUCCUCCUGCCUCGACAACUCCUUUGAAGGUCAUGAUUCCUCUUCAUCAUCAUCCUCUGGUGACUCGACUUGCCUUCCUCAUACCCUGGAAACCAACUUGGAUGACUUUUCAACAGCUGUAUACAUCCCUGCCAAGGCUUCGGAGGCCCAUACCCGCAAAAUAACAAGUGCCAAAGUGAGCAAGACAAAAACUGUGAUGCCCCGAGCUGAGCGUCGUAAAGCGGCCAACCAUGGUGGAGUCAAGAUAUGCUGUGAGGACAGACCAGUCCCAAAACUGAGCGAACAAGAGGUGGAUACUAUAACAAAGCUACACACUAUCUGUAAUGGUCAGCGAAUCGUCCAGUACCUCAACAUGUCCGAAUCACCCAUGGUUCACUUUCCUCCUCCAAAGCAUGCUAGUCGUAUCAUCUGGAAUCCCGAGCUGGAGGAUGACACUCUUAAUCACCACUCCCCCAGAAACACGCCCAUCAAGCCCCGCUCAGUCCUCAGACAGAGACCGGAAGAAUUUACCUUCCCUUUCGUAGAAGACAAACCCUCCCCUAUCGUCAUUACCAGGGUCAGAAGAAGCAAAUCCAUGUCCCGAGCAUCACGGGAGUGGCCGUGGUAGAGAGCUGAUAUGAGGGGCUAUGGUAGAGACAUCAAGGAAAGAUAACUCCUUCAGCAAUAAACAGCAUCGACUCUGUUUAGGAAUCAUGUUCCCUGAACAAGACAUCCAGGCCAAGAACUGCUAAAACUAUCGAGGGAUCUUCAAAUCUUCUCUAAGUUAAGGAAGGGUAUGUUUUCUGUGUAUAUGAAACUUCAAGAUGUGCCAACCUUCUCGGAAUCUUUGAAUCGAGAAAUGUUUGUUUUCAUUCGAGUUCGGAGUUCAGCGAUUAGUGUUUUCUGCAUCCAAUUAAGAAAGAAAUCGCGGAUAGGACAGUAUUAUUUGUUUAAUAAAGGAUGCUUUCAUAUGUGACAGAUGUUUUGUUUUCUAUUGUUUUUAAUUAUUGUUCAUGUUUUUAGCCUCUUGUGUUUUUACGCAUUUGUGUUACUGAAAUUUUGAUUUUAUUAAAAGACAAAAUUUUAACAAGGCGACCAAAGCCUAUGUUAUUUCCCUGGUUUAUAAAUUUUAGAUUAAAAAAAUGUUUCUUGAAUUUUUAGAAUGUACAUCCCUUUUGGAAUUUUGCUUGCAUUUUGUUUUCGACUGGUAAGCAUUUUCUAUACAGGGAUUUUUAUUGUUGUGUAGUUAUUUCAUUGCUGAGGUAGCACUGGUGCAGUUUCAUUUUUAGAGCACCAAGUCCAUUUGAAAUAUGUUCAGAUAGAUUGGUUGAAAAAAGUUUACAAUCUGAAUGCUUGUGUUUUUGUUGAGAGUAAAGAUGGCAAGAAAUAAGACUAGGUUAUAUUAAACUGUUGUUCAAAGUUGUUUGUCUAGUGAGAUAUUUGUGUAGCAUUUCCUAUGUUAUUUUAGACAGAAUAUGUGUUCUUGUUGCAUGAGAUUUUUUACAAUCUUGUACAUUUUUUUUGUUGGCUGCUCAAGAUCAAACAUAUGAAGUAUUAUCCUCUUCGAUUUUUAUUUUUUUUUGGUCAAAACCUUGCCUUUGAUUGUAUUUAUCUUCACUUUGUGUCUCAGGUCAGUUUAUUUUUGGUUUUAAGAGAUUGUCAGUUUAUUUUUGCAAGACUUUUACAGGUAAGAUGUGCAAUAUAUUUAUUUUUCUAACUCACGUCACAUGACUGAUCUCUUUUGUUUGAUUACUAGCAUCACUCUGUCCCAACUCUAAUAUUCAUUAUUUAUUCAUUUACUGUCAACAUAGAAAAAAACUAGUCUUAUUUGUACAUAUUGAAAAUAACAUCAACAUUUUGUAAAUAAAUCAAUGAACUUCUUCA